CAUCGGAUGCAUACCUUCUGUGACUUAAGUUAUGCAAACCUCAAUUUUCAAUUGAAAAAAGUGCUUUAAUUUGAAUUCUUAUCAGAAAUAUCUAAAGAUACCAUCAUGGAUUUAUUAUUCAUGAGUAAACGCAUCUUUCUGGGCACCAAAGAGGGUUUCAUGCAUGGCGGCAUUAUUGUCGAUAGCGAGGGUACAAUUAAGAAAAUAUUGCGCUCGGCCCAAGAAGUCAAUUCAUAUCUAUAUAAUAUUGAAUCGGAAGCGGUUUUUGAUUUUGACAAUAUGGUGUUAAUGCCCGGCCUCAUCGAUGUCAAUGUGCAUAUAAACGAACCGGGUCGCAAGGAUUGGGAGGGCUUUUUAAAUGCAACCAAAGCAGCAGCAGCUGGCGGUUUUACCACCAUUAUUGAUAGGCCCACCAAUUCCAUUCCACCCACCACCUCAAUGGCUGCUUUAAAAGCCAAGCUUUGUACCGCCCGUGGCAAAAUCUAUGUGGAUGUUGGCUUUUGGGGUGGUCUUAAUACCAAAGAUUGGUCCGAUAUGCCUGCCAUUAUUGCAGGCGGUGUUAUUGGUCUACAAUGCACUCUGGUCGAUUCACCUGAACCGGUGGGAAAAGAAUAUCCCGCCAUUACCAAGGAACAAUUGGAUGCGGUUCUACAGAAAGUCGAUGAUAAUACUCUGAUAGCGGUGCAUGCAGAGGAACCCUUAGCCAAACCCAUACGUCCUAAUGAAGAUGAGCCCAAAUGUUAUGAGUCAUUUCUAAGAACAAGGCCGGCACAAAUGGAAGUGAAUGCAGUGAGAACUAUAACAGAGUUGGCGUUGAAGCAUAAAAAAAAACAAUUUCACCUGCUUAAUCUCAGUGCCAACGAGGUUAUGCCCAUUAUUAAAGAUGGUAAAAGCAAAGGUGCUAAAAUCACUGCCGAAACCUGCCCUCAUUACCUUAGCCUAGCUGCCGAAGACAUAGAAGACUGUCACACCGAAUAUAAAACUCAUCCCCCGAUUAGGGCAAGAUCCAAUCAGGCUGCGCUCUGGGAUUCAGUUAAAUCGGGAAUGAUAGACAUUAUAGCAUCAGACCAUUCACCAGCUACACCAGGACCAAAAUGUCUUACCUAUGGCAGAGCUAGGGGAAAUUUUCUUAAUGCCUGGCCUGGCAUAUCAUCGUUGCAAUUGGGUUUAUCGGUUAUGUGGACUCAUUGCCAAAAAUAUGGUUUGGGCAUGCAGCAUAUCUAUAAGACCAUGUGUGAGAAUCCCGCAAUACUUUGUGGUUUGGAGAACUCCAAGGGGAAGAUUAUCGAAGGUUAUGAUGCUGAUUUUUGUAUUUGGGAUCCAGACGCCACAUUUGAGGUACAUGCUGAUAUGCUGUAUUCCACCAUAAAGUCUACUCCCUAUAUGAAUCAAAGACUUCAAGGUUUGAUACAUGCUACUGUGGUACGAGGUCUUCAUGUCUAUCAGGAUAAUGAAGGAUUUGGCCAACCUCUGGGCAAAAUCGUAUUACGUAAGAAUGUGAAAAAGGUUGUGAAGUUUUCGUAACUAUAAAGCGAAUUUAGUGAAGUACUCAGGUUUUACUUAUUGUCAACUGAAAUGCAUAAGGGCGUAACAAACAAAUUGUAAAAAAGGAUAAAAAUCUCAGCAAAUUUAAAAAGUAAAAUUUUUUAUAUUCUCCCUUUUUCGUCUCAAAAAUAGAUAACUUAAGAUUUUAUGCAGUUGACGGUAGUUUUGCCCAUUGAAGGGUUCCCAAAAAGGCUGUCAAAUAAAAAACUAUCACUCAAUAUUUUAA